GAAUUUUUUGGACUCGGUUAUGCAGUUGAUGAACAAAGGUUACAUAAAAAAUGACGAUGAGAGGUCAUCAGCGGCCGUACCAGGUAAAAAUAAUAAACUUUUCGUAAUUGAUGAACUCCAAGAUUCUUUAAAGACGCAGUGAUUUCCAUAUCACUGUAGAUCAACAUUCUAAGAAUUUUGUCUCACCCAAGAUGAUCGCGAGGAAAAAAUCACAAUGCUCCAGGGAGCCGCGCAGACUUAUAUCUUUUGGGUUGACGGCUUCGACACGUCAUCAUCAACGAUGACGCAUUGCCUCUACGAGUUGGCACUGCAUCGAGAGAUCCAGGACAAAUUGGCCGAAGAAAUCAACGACAUCCUUGAAGAAUUCGGAAGCCUUUCCUACCAGAGUGUGAAGGCGAUACCGUAUCUUCACAAAGUUGUUUCCGGUGUACCAUCAAUUUUUUCUUCACCAUCUACGCAGAAACACUGAGAAAGUACCCGGUCACUCCGAUACUCAACAGAGAGUGCAUCGAAGAAAUUGAGUUACCGGGGACCGGGCACCGAAUUACAAAGGGAACUCCAUUGAUCAUUCCUGUUUUUGGACUCCAUUCGCACCCCGAAAUAUAUCCAGAACCAGAAAAAUUCAACCCCGAAAAAUUCAGCGAGGAGAAUAUCGCCCAGAAAUAUCAGUACGCUUAAUUACCGUUUGGUGAAGGGCCGUGGAAUUGCAUUGACUAAAGUUGGACUCGUCAGCUUGCUGUCCAAGUAUCGCUUCACAUUAGGCCCGGGUGUGAAAGUACCUCUGAUGAUAGUCAAGACUAACUUUGUCCAGGUUCCCGCAAACGGAGUGACACUCCGAAUCCAAAUGCGAUAAUACCGUGCAGUAGUAGAGACCUGAUAUUUAAUCGUGACUACAACGAACAGAUUUCAUUCACCAGCCUGAGCGAGAAAGAAAUAGAAAAAGUAAGAAAGACUGUGGUCAGAUUAGAUUGUAACGGAGUUAGGUUGACCUUGUAGAUGCGGAUAUAUUACCAGUCGCAUCAUGGAUUCUCCAAGUAUGUAACAUGCAAAUGCAUAUACUAAAGUCGUAAAUAUGGAAAUCAGUAAGUAUAGCUUAGGCCAUGGAUACCAACACGAAAAAAGGAGUGUAUAAAGUGGCCGAACUAACUUGAGGUGGUCGUAUCAGCAGUCACAGCUCGACGUCAAUUGGAAUCUUGCAUUAUAAAAACAUGGGGAAUCACUUGGAAUAUCUGCUCGUUGAACUAUUCGGAUUGACAAUCGCUGUGGUCGGUGGUGUGUACAUCUAUCUGCAAUAUGUGACCUACAAUUACUGGCAUUCGAGAAACGUUGAUUACGUCAAGCCAAUAAUUGUCCCAUUUGGAAGCUUGUGGCCCGUAUUAUCAGUCCAGACUUCGCUUGCCGAAUUCCUUCGCGAAACGUACAUGAAAUUCAAAAACAGCCGAGUCGUCGGUAUCUACACGUUUUACAGGCCCAUGCUUGUCGUAAACGAUCCGGAGCUGAUACGUUUCAUUCUGACGAAGGAGUUUUCCCACUUUCAUGACCGUGGCUUAUACAUAAACGAGAAAGCCGAUCCUGUUCUUGGGAAUCUCUUUUUGGUACCAGGGGCGAAAUGGAAGCAUCUGAGGACCAAGUUUACUCCGACCUUCACUGCAAGCAAGAUGAAGCAAAUGUUUUUCACCAUCAAAAACUGUUCCGAUACUCUGGCUUCCUCCGUUUUGAGUACAGCCAGCAAAUCUGAACUUAUCGAGGUCAAGGAUCUGAUGGCAAGGUUUUCCACUGACGUGAUCGCGUCAGCAGCCUUCGGCGUCCAGUGCAACAGCAUCGAGAAUCCAGAUGCAGAGUUCCGGAAGUGGGGCAGAAAGGUCUUCGAGCCAAGACCAUUGAGAAACGCGCUUGCGAUAAUGUUCCCGAGCAUCAUGCAUCUCCUCAACAUCCGAGUAAUCGACCAGGAAAUAUCCAACUUUUUCAUAAACGCUUUCAAGGAGACGGUGCAGUACAGAACGGCCAACAACGUGGCUAGGAAGGACUUUUUGGGUCUGGUUAUGCAACUCAUCGACAAGGGCUACUUACAAAGUGACGAAAAUACGGAAUCGGUUGACACAACGUCGGAUGCCGACAAAGUGAAGAUUACAAUGUUGGAAGGAGCUGCUCAAGCCUUUGUGUUCUGGCUGGCCGGCUUUGAGACGUCUUCAACAACGGCAACCUACUGCCUUUACGAAAUGGCACUGAAUCCUGAUAUCCAAGAAAAAGUUGCCGAGGAGAUAAACACCGUGUUGGUCAAGUUUGGGGGCAUAAAUUACGAAAGCAUCAAGGAGAUGCACUAUCUUCACAAAGUUGUGUCCGAAACGCUGAGGAAGUAUCCUUCGCUUCCGGUUCUCAACAGAGAGUGUACCAAGGAUAUUGAACUUCCUGAUACCGGACUUUGCGUCACAAAGGGAACUCCGAUUCUCAUUCCCGUAUUGGGGCUUCACCGAGAUCCCGAAAUUUAUCCAAGCCCGGAGAAAUUCGACCCCGAAAGAUUCACCGAAGAGAACAUCGCCAAGAGGCACCAGUUCUCUUAUUUGGCAUUCGGCGAGGGGCCCAGAAACUGUAUUGGCAUGAGGUUCGGUUUGAUUCAGACGAAGGUUGGCCUCGUCAGCCUACUCUCCAGAUACCGAUUCAAGCCAAGUCCGAACUUGAAAGUACCGAUCGAACUGGACAAGGGGAACUUUGUUCUUAGUCCGAAAGGAGGAGUGAAACUUCGAAUCGAAAAACGAUCUGUAAUAUUUACGGUUAUGUUGGCUGCAAUUAAUUCUCCAGUGUCUAUCAUGAUGGUGUUUUUCACGGACAACUAUCUUCUCCAAAUUCUUGGUGUGAUAAUUGCAAUAAUCGGUGCCGCCUACAUGUACCUAAAACACAUCGUCUACAAUUACUGGAGUUCGAGAGGGAUUAUUCAGGGUGAAACAACAGUACCGUUCGGCAACUUGUUACCGGUCCUCAUGUCCAAGCAGUCAAUCGGUGAAAUGCUGCGCGACGGGUACGACCGAUUUAAGAGCAAACGCGUCUUCGGUAUCUAUUCAUUCCAUAGACCAACCCUGGUAAUCUGUGACCCAGACCUGAUCCGCUUCGUGCUGACAAAGGAGUUCACAAAAUUUCACGACCGCGGAAUGUACGUAAACGAGGAAGUGGACCCGAUGUCGUCCCACCUUUUCCUACUUGGUGGUGUGAGGUGGAAAAAGAUGAGGGCAAAGUUAUUGUCAACGUUCACGUCCGUUAAAAUGAAGAACUAUUUCGGCGCGGUUAAGGAUUGCACUGAUAAUCUCGUCCGGUGCGUUGCCGAUGAAGUGGAGAAGAGCGAUCUCGUUGAAGUGAAGGACAUCAUGGCCAGGUUCACCACUGACGUCAUCGCCUCCAUCGCGUUCGGAAUAAACGGCAACAGUCUGCAGAACCCACAUUCUGAGUUUCUUUUUUGGGGUCGUAAGACGUUGGAGCCAAAUCCAAUCAGAAACACGCUGCUGUCAGCGUGCCCACCGAUUUUGAAGCUGCUGAAUCUCAGCACAACCGACAAAGGAGCUUCAGACUUCUUUAUGAAAACGUUCAAGGACAUGGUGGCGUAUAGAAAGUCUGCUAAAGUGGUGAGAAAUGACUUUAUGGACCUGCUUAUGCAGCUGAUGGAUAAGGGCUAUGUCCAGGUUGACGACGGCAAGGACACCCAGGGCUCAGAGGAAACUGGUGGACGGAUCACUGUCGAGGAAGGAGCUGCUCAAUCCUUCGUCUUCUGGUUAGCCGGAUUCGAAACUUCGUCAACAACGGCAACCUACUGCCUCUACGAAAUGGCACUGAAUCCUGAAAUCCAGGAGAAAGUUGCCGAGGAAAUAAACAGCGUCCUCAAACAGUUCGGGGGAAUAACUUACGAGAGUAUCGCAAAGAUGGUUUACCUUCACAAAGUUGUUUCUGAGACCCUAAGGAAGUAUCCUAUCGUUCCGCAACUCAACAGGGAGUGCAAUCAGGACGUUGACUUGCCCAAUAGCGGCUUCAACGUUCCGGCGGGUACCCCGAUAUUCAUUCCGGUGUUUGGCAUCCACAGGGAUCCAAAAUUUUACCCUGAGCCAGAGAAAUUCGACCCGGAACGUUUCAGCGAUGAGAAUAUCGCCAAGCGGCACCGUUACGCUUAUCUACCUUUUGGCGAAGGGCCUAGAACUUGCAUCGGAAUGAGAUUCGGCUAUCUUCAGACGAAAAUGGGCCUCAUUGUCCUGCUUGCAAAGUAUCGCUUCAAGCCCGCUCCGGAUAUGAAAGUACCUCUGCCUCUGGAUAAAGGAAAGUUGUUGCAUGGACCCAUAGGCGGAGUAACGCUUCUGCUCGAAGAAAGAUAGUGGAGGAUGAAACAAUAUUUGUCCGACUGUAGUAACGAGAUGUUUACUUCGUUUAAUUAACUUUGGAUAGACUGGGCCGCGUGCUGCCACUUGACGAUAACAACUGUCCAUAUGGACAUGCGUCUCGAUUUUCCUUUUUCUCCUUGCUCAGUGAGAGAAAAAAAAUGUUCAGCAACUAUUGUGGAACGUUGACGUCUGUGUAUAAAUCUGAAACUAUAAUUUAAUCGAUACGCAGAUUAUAAAGAAUAAGUGAUAUUGAUUGUUGAAACGUUUGAUCAACUUACAUUUUCACUGUUAGAACUUUCCAAAACAAUUGUAAUGUCAGGAAGCACGUUAGAAAACUGCACGCUAAAGAAUGAACUCUAAGGAGCGAUGCAGUAGGCAAGGGAGGAGUACAAAAAUGCGAAGGACCAAAAAGUCGACGAAACGAAAUCCUGAAAGUCAAACCACCAACAAUUAAAAACGUAGAGAAACAACAAAUACGAAAAGAUGACUGGUAGAAAAAUAAAAAUUGACAACGCAAAAAUGCAUAAAGAAAGUUGUAGCGCAAUUUUUUUGUUUUUGAGUAUGGCCAAGAUUGCGAAUGGCAAAUAACAUGAGUCAUGUCUUUGUACGAGAGUUAAAUUAUUGUGGCGAGUUUUGGUCUUCCGUAAAUAAAUAAUGGCCAUCCUAAAUCCGACCCAUAACGGUAUGUGUUUCCUCGAGUACUCGUCGAAUAAAUUGUUUCAUAACGUUAUCGAAACUAUGCAGAAUGUAUUUUACGACCAUUACUUAGUUAUGAUAAUUACUUCUUAUUUCAUACUGUAUAAUAGGCUGCAUCUUCAGCGAGUUGACUGUGCGAACUGGCAGGAAGCAAAUAUCAUACGUAUACUUAUAUCCAGAAUAUUGAUGCUCGUGUAAUAUCAGAUAACACUGUAAUCUUCGAGAAAUUGACGCGUUCUAUCAAAGUCAGAAUUUAUAAAACUUGAAGAAAUUCUGGAGCUUUUUUCGAAUAAAUAUAGCGAAAGCAUAUUGCUGAAUUAAACAUAAGAAAUGACGUUACAAACAGCUUUAUAAUCUAAGACCAUCAUGCGGAACUCCAUUCAUAAUAUUGGUAAUGAAUAACGCAUCAAUUUUUUUAAAUGCUCCAAAUUUCUUGCAACACGGUAUGAAACUGACACAUU